GGCGCGUGCGCGGGGCCGGGUGCGCCGGCGGGUGCGGCGGGGCCGGUGCUGCGGGGCUGCGCGCGCCAUGUCGGGGCGCUCGGUGCGGGCCGAGACCCGCAGCCGCGCCCAGGAUGACAUCAAGAAGGUGAUGGCAGCCAUCGAGCGCGUCCGCAGAUGGGAGAAGAAGUGGGUGACGGUGGGCGACACGUCCCUGCGGAUAUUCAAGUGGGUGCCAGUGGCGGACAGUAAGGAGAAAGAGAAAUCCAAAUCUAGUAGCAGCACGACCCGAGAACCCAAUGGCUUCCCAGCUGACACCUCUGCCAACUCCUCCCUCCUUCUGGAGUUCCAAGGUGGGCCUGGGCUGAGGUCCCUUCAACGUGGAGAAAGACUCCAAGGCUGUACAGCAGCUGGGACAUUGCUGGUUCUGUGUGCUGCUGGUGCUGUUUCUGCAGAUGAGAACAGCAACCAGAGCUCCCUGUCUGAUGUAUACCAGCUCAAGGUGGACAGCAGCCCCAACUCCAGCCCCAGUCCUCAGCAGAGUGAGUCCAUGAGUCCUGCCCACACAUCUGACUUCCGCACAGACGACUCGCAGCCUCCUACCCUGGGGCAGGAGACCCUGGAAGAGCCCUCCCUGCCUUCCUCAGAAGUGGCAGAUGAGCCUCCCACUCUCACAAAGGAAGAGCCAGUCCCCCUUGAGACUCAGGUAACUGAAGAGGAGGAGGACUCUGGUGCGCCACCUCUGAAGAGAUUUUGUGCUGACCAGAACUCUGUGUGCCACACAGCCUCGGAGAGCUAACCUGCCUGGCCCGGCACCUUCGCCAGCCCCUUGCAGAGCUGCCUGACCUCUCCAGGACCAGCGUUUCCCUCCAGCCUGCCCCUUCCCCAGCGUCGGGGCUCCCACCACUCGCAUCAAGUGCGCCCUGCCCUACCCUGCCCUGCCCUGCCCUUCCCGAUGGAUGGGGCUGCUGCCAGUACCUGCAAUUUUGCCUCUAUUUAUUGGCUCCCUCUCUCCCUGCUCCCUGCCCUAGAGCUGGGGGUCUCUGCUGGGUGGGCUGCAUGUGUGGGGGGGUUCUCUAUGCGUCUCCCUGCUCUCCAUGGUCCCCAGAACACUGGCAAAUUCUGUUUGCCAGCUUGUGGCUCCCCUGCCUGCCCUUCCCCUGGGUGCUGGGAACAGGAGAGCCACCUUCCACCUGCUCCGGGUGAUGUAUUCACUCGGUUGUGGGAGCAGGUGGUGGUGGGUGUGGGGGGCAGUGAGGGGGCGGCCGGCAGGGACCCACUGGGACGCUGUGCAAUAAGCUGCUAGUUUAAGCCAUUCAUGCUGGGAGAGAGGGGAGCGCUUUCCCCUUCCCCCGGAGGGCAGGUACUGACCGGCCUCAGCUCUGCCUCGAGGCACAACUCCAGCCGAAUGGAAUUUGCAGUCCCCCGGGAGCCGGCAGAGCAGGGGGAGCCGCUGCCCUGUGCUGGAGGGCCUUGCCCCGGCCUAGGUACCCGCUGUCCCCGAGGUGGGAGAGGAAUCAGCAGGGUGCUGGAGCCUCCGGGAAGUGCUCCCACCCUGGGGCUCUGCCGCUCCCCAAUACCCGCUGCCCCCCCAGCCCCACUCUCCUCCCGCUGCCACUGCAUGUCCCGCCGAGUCCGUGAUCGAGCCUGGUGAAGCUGGAGGCGCGGCCGCGCGUGGAAGUGGAAAGUUAUUUUAGCACUGAAUAGAAUAUUUUUAAAAUUAAAUUGUUUGAAAUACA